CCUCCCCGUCCGGCAGCGCGGGGCUGCGGGCAGCGGCAGCGGCAGCGGCACGCGCGCACCCCUCCGCCCCGCUCGGCCCCGCUCGGCUCCGCUCGGCCCCGCUCGGCCCCGCUCGGCCGCCUGGCGCCAUGUCGGUGGCCGGCCUGAAGAAGCAGUUCCACAAAGCCACCCAGAAAGUGAGUGAAAAAGUAGGAGGUGCAGAAGGAACCAAGCUAGAUGAUGACUUCAAAGAAAUGGAAAGGAAAGUGGAUGUUACCAGCAGGGCAGUUAUGGAAAUAAUGGCGAAGACAAUAGAAUAUCUUCAACCCAAUCCAGCUUCCAGAGCUAAACUCAGCAUGAUCAACACUAUGUCAAAAAUUCGAGGCCAGGAAAAGGGACCAGGUUACCCACAGGCUGAAGCCUUGCUGGCAGAUGCAAUGCUGAAAUUUGGCCGCGAACUUGGAGAAGAAUGCAACUUUGGACCAGCACUUGUAGAUGUGGGAGAAGCUAUGAAGGAGCUUUCUGAGGUCAAAGACUCUUUAGACAUGGAAGUUAAACAAAACUUCAUUGACCCACUUCAGAAUCUCCAUGACAAAGACCUGAGAGAAAUACAGCAUCACCUAAAGAAAAUGGAGGGUCGGCGCCUGGAUUUUGACUACAAGAAGAAAAGACAGGGCAAGCUCCCUGAUGAAGAGCUUCGCCAAGCACUGGAGAAAUUUGAUGAAUCAAAAGAAAUUGCUGAGUCAAGCAUGUUCAACCUUCUGGAGAUGGAUAUCGAACAAGUGAGCCAGCUUUCUGCUCUUGUACAAGCCCAGCUGGAGUACCACAAGCAGGCCACACAGAUCCUUCAACGAGUUACUUCUAAGCUGGAAGACAGAAUAAAAGAGGCAUCAUCUCAGCCCAAAAGAGAAUACCAGCCCAAACCUCGUAUGAGCCUGGAUUUCACAACUGGUGACAAUACUCAGCACAAUGGAGGAAUAUCCCAUGCCACCACUCCCAAACCAGCAGGUGCUCACAUGGAUCAGCCAUGCUGCCGAGCUCUGUAUGACUUUGAACCUGAAAAUGAGGGGGAGCUGGGAUUUAAAGAGGGUGAUAUUAUUACCCUUACUAACCAGAUUGAUGAAAACUGGUAUGAAGGGAUGCUUCAUGGCCAGUCAGGCUUCUUCCCUAUCAAUUAUGUCGAUAUUCUAGUUCCUUUACCCAAUUAGAAUGGCUGAUUCACCACCUCUGACCCAGAUAGUAAUGUCAGUACCACUGCUUUCCAAAUGCUGCUUCUUACACCUUACAAGUGCAAAUUGCAGUGGUUAGAGUCAUCAAGUCCCACCGAGCAUCUUUGGUUUAUGUGUUGUCAUACUACGUAGUGGUGAUGCGUGGUAUCUUCUGAGCCAACACAGUGUUGUGAGCCAAAACAGUGUUAGGUCACUUGGCCAUGCUGGCCUGGUGGUAACCAGAGCUAUUGCUGAGACAGAGUUGGGAAGGCAGUGGCAAGCCAGACAGAUGACUCAUGGUGAAGUAGCAGGAAGUGAAGGCGGUAUUGGGAAGAUAAUGCCUAUCACCACUGUAUUACUUUUCAAUCUUAGUUCUCUACAAAAAGAGGGAAGAGUUCUUGCCAUUCCAUCUUUCCCUUCCUUAUGGUACAGUUCACACAGGUCUAACCUUGUCUAACCAGAAUUGUGUCUUCUGACCAAAAUGGCUUGCUAUUCUCACAGAGACAGUAUAAAUGUAGACCCUCUGGUUUCUCAGAAAGUGAACCACUGUACUGUGUGCCCUUCUGAUCUAUGCUCAUUUUUGUAUUCUUGAUUGUUAUUAAAAGCCUAUUUCCAUCCAGAAGUAAACUGUAAACCAUAAAAAGGGGAUUCCUAUAAUAAAAAGCUUGAACCACAAACCACAUGAAUUUGCCCUUCAGAAACAUUGAGCAUGCUCAACAAGAUGCCAGUAGGAGGGCAAGAUAGGGGAUAAAACUGCUUAAGUGUUAACUGUUUCUUGUCAAUUUUUGGCACAAAAUCAUGCUGCUUAAGAACCAGAUAUUCUUUGUAAACGCAUUCACUGGGGAAGAAAUCCAACCAAACACAACCCUCCCUUCUUUUAUUUCUGUCUAUCAUGUGUUCUUCGAACAUCAUUUGUGCAUAUUCUGCCCUCAAUGAGGACUAAAUAAACCUUACUUCUUUUUGUGUUGAGCAAUUAAAGACAUGUGGCUGUAUAUGCAAAAACACUUCCCCAUAUGUUUAGUUCAUUUUUUUUUUCCUCCUUACUGCACUUGGUGUGUACAGUGCUGUGCCUAGCUUCUCAGCGUUCUUUUGGUAACAAUUGCAAAAGUUCUGUAAGUUUAGUUAUCCAGAGUUCUAUUUAUCUAAACUAUAAAGACUCUUUCAGAGGUUUAAUGUACUGCUUCGAAUGUGCCACUUCAGUACUGGAUGAUGUGAAAUGACGACAUUCCCUACUGCUUUAUGUAUAAACUGCAUCAUGGAAAUAUUGAUAUUUCAAAUAAAUGCUGAGAGAAUAACUGGAA